AUGUUACGUAAACUCACGUUGCGGGAUUACCUGUGUCUUAAUCUUGAUCUUUUUAUUACUCGAUGCUUUUCAGUGAUAGGACACGUUACAUCAGAUUAUACGAUGCAGCAGGAGCUGACGUCCGAUGGUGGCACCAAAUGGUAUCCAUUCGAUGCGUUCUGGAGCGGUGCACGUUGCGAAUACGCGUUGAUCGUGCUGAAUCGUCCCAUAGACUGGCAGCACAACAUACUGUUUCCAUUCUGGCGAAAAGCUCGAAUCACUGUCACUGUGGAUGGUGGAACACAAGAAUGGAUGAAGUAUGUAAAGCAGGAAAUAAAAAACCCGUUGGAUCCUAGGUUUGAAUUGUAUGUACCAACUCUUAUCACAGGGGAUAUGGAUAGCUGUCCAUCCUUUAUCAUUGAAAAGUUUAAAUUUUUUGGAUCCACUGUUAUUGAGACACCUGACCAAGAUAAGACGGAUUAUACCAAAGCUCUGAUGGAAGUCAUACACUAUGCUAAGUUGCACAAUAUAAAUUUAGGUGAAUUAUAUGUACUUGCAGAAACAUCAGGCAGGUUUGAUCAUAUUAUUGCCAAUGUCAAUACAUUAUAUGAAAUUGAUAAAAUUGUGGGAAAUACACGGGUGAUACAACUCUCAAGCAACUCUAUGACAUGGCUAUUAAAACCUGGUAUGCAUAGUAUACAUGUACCAGAAAUUUUUGUACAAGAUAAAUCUUGGUGUGGUUUAUUACCGUUUGGUUGUACCGUCAAUUGUAUAUCAACAACUGGUUUAAAAUGGAAUUUAAAUAAGUCAACUAUGCAGUUUGGUGGCUUGAUAAGUACUUCAAAUACUUACGAAAAUUCCAAAGUGACUGUGAAUACAGAUACACCGGUAAUUUGGACCAUGGGUAUUGAAUCUUUACAUGAGAGGAUGUAA